AUGUGUGACGAAGAAGUAGCCGCUUUGGUCGUGGACAACGGAUCCGGUAUGUGCAAGGCCGGUUUUGCCGGAGACGAUGCUCCACGUGCCGUCUUCCCAUCCAUCGUCGGAAGACCCCGUCAUCAAGGUGUCAUGGUCGGUAUGGGACAGAAGGACUCGUACGUCGGAGACGAAGCCCAAUCCAAGAGAGGUAUCCUCACCUUGAAGUACCCCAUUGAGCACGGUAUCGUCACCAACUGGGACGAUAUGGAGAAGAUCUGGCACCACACCUUCUACAACGAACUCCGUGUUGCCCCAGAAGAGCACCCAGUCCUCUUGACCGAAGCCCCACUCAACCCCAAGGCCAACAGAGAAAAGAUGACCCAGAUCAUGUUCGAGACCUUCAACACCCCAGCCAUGUACGUUGCCAUCCAAGCCGUACUCUCCUUGUACGCUUCCGGUCGUACCACUGGUGUCGUCCUCGACUCCGGAGAUGGUGAGUGAUUUUAAAAUGUCAUUUUUAAUUUAAAUUUUUUGACUAAACUUGUAUUUUUUUUGGCAUAAUUAUGUUUCUUUGAUUCUAUGUUAACUUAUGGUAUGUUGUUGUAGGUGUCACCCACACCGUCCCAAUCUACGAGGGUUACGCUCUCCCCCACGCCAUCCUCCGUUUGGACUUGGCUGGCCGUGACUUGACUGACUACUUGAUGAAGAUCCUCACCGAGCGUGGUUACUCUUUCACUACCACCGCUGAGCGUGAAAUCGUCCGUGACAUCAAGGAGAAGCUCUGCUACGUCGCCUUGGACUUCGAGCAAGAGAUGGCCACCGCCGCCUCUUCCUCCUCCUUGGAGAAGUCCUACGAACUUCCUGACGGUCAAGUCAUCACCGUCGGUAACGAACGUUUCCGUUGCCCAGAGGCCCUCUUCCAACCUUCCUUCUUGGGUAUGGAAUCCGCUGGUAUCCACGAAACCUCUUACAACUCCAUCAUGAAGUGUGACAUUGAUAUCCGUAAGGACUUGUACGCCAACACCGUCCUCUCCGGAGGUACCACCAUGUACCCAGGUAUUGCUGACCGUAUGCAAAAGGAAAUCACCGCCCUUGCCCCAUCCACCAUGAAGAUCAAGAUCAUCGCCCCACCAGAGCGCAAAUACUCCGUAUGGAUCGGUGGUUCUAUCUUGGCCUCCCUCUCCACCUUCCAACAGGUAAUUCUUGUUUAUAUUAACAUAUGUAAUAAUGUUAUUUUAAAUUUACUUAUAUAUGUGACUGUAAUUGAACAUUAUCUUACUCUACUCGUUACAGAUGUGGAUCUCCAAGCAAGAAUACGACGAAUCCGGCCCAUCAAUCGUCCACCGCAAAUGUUUCUAA